AUGUGCGGUGGGAAAUACAAGCGCGAGACUGGAUGGCCUUUUGCCGCUGGCAUGUUGACCUUUAUUUCUGUUAUGGAAUUUGUGGCCAUUUCUAUCGUGGCGUAUCUUUAUGAUCAUGAUGAUCAGUUUAACAUUCCUGGUUGGUCGCUCGAUACGUCGUUCUAUCUCAGCACCACCGCGGCGGUUAUUUGUCUUCUGACUGCCACUGGUAUUACUUUCUCCGCGUACCUUCUUCCUCCCGAGGAGGGAUAUGAUUUCUUGUCGGACCCUCUCGAUGCUUAG